GGAUGUGAUGGGUUUUAGUGAUGUGAGCUGUUCAUACCCUUCAUACCCAUGCAAGAAGUUGUCAAAAAAAAAUCCAUGAAAAUAUUUUUUUUAUUCUACUCUAUAACGAAUCAAAUAACCUAAUCGAGUACAAAACAUAAAAUUAACUUGUAUCUUAUUGUUAUGUCAUCAUCGAAAUAUCAAAAUGCUGUGCCAGGCGGCUAUGAAGACAGCGAUGAGGACGAAGGAUAUUCCAUGGCAAGCAUUAAAAAGACAUGUGAAAAUAUGAAGAUUACUGUAUUACCUGAUAUAACCGAAAAUGCUGGCUUAAAUGGUCACAAAUUUGAUGCUACCUUAGAGCCAGAAGUGAAAAGCUGGUUUCAACAAAUCGAAACAACAUGGAAAAGCUACAAACGUGGUCCAACUUUGACGCAUAAGCUUUUCUCAUUUUUCGCCAAUUGUUCAAAUCCAUUUUUAUACUCCUUAAAGUUGUAUGCGAAUUGCAACAGUAAUUUGUCAAAAUCAAAUAGUUUAGCGUAUGCAAUACUGGAAGACCUUUACAAUUUCAAGCAAACAAAUGAUAUUCGGUCAGAUCAAUUUGUCGACGAUAAUUUACGAAUGGUGGCUUUCAAUUUUAUCAAGAAGCAAAGCCAGCCAAAUUUAUACAAAAUUGCCGUUGUAACGUUCGAUUUGAUGAGCAGUCGUCAUUUGUUCGUUGAUAAAAUCCGGGAACUGAUUCGGGAACACCAUUACAAAGAGGCAAGUCAAUUGGCAUACGAAUUGGAACUAUUCCAUGAAUUUACGCUGUACGAAUUAGUGUUACCGUUGAUAUUGCAAGAUAAAAUAUCAAUUGCUGAAGAAUAUCUCGUUAAAGCGGUUCAUUUGCGAAAACCGUUAGUACAACUGCUUGACUCGUUUUUAAAUAAAUCGUCCAGUGUGUCACACAAUUGCAGCAACAUUAUUCUCAAGUACAACUAUCCCGAUGUCAAAUUCAAUAAACUGCAAUCGAAACCGUUAACAAAAUUGAUUAUAAGAUUGGCAAAAUUGUACUCCCUUCCCAAUGAUACAAUUCCGAAUGUGAUAAGAUCGAAAAACUAUGGUGCUCUGCAAUUUCUGAUGCAUAAAAAAUACGGCGAGAAAAGCCUAAACAAAGAUUCCUGGGAAGAAAUGGUGAAAGAGACCGUACCGGUGGACUCUCUUUCGUUGCAAAUGGAGUUGAUCGACUCAUGUACGAAUUACGGUGACUAUGCAGAGGGGGCUUUCUGGGCAAGACACUUCCGAAUACCGGCAGAAAAUCUGCCAACUUUGGUAAACGAUUACAUUGAACAGAGUAAAAAUCAAAACGGUGAAAGAACACUGUCAGACAGUGCAGACUCGGAAAUCGAUUCAUCAAUGACUCAUGCAAACGAAACAGCUGAAUCAAUUCAUUUGCUAUCACUGGAAUCGUCACAGCUUCAUCUUGUUGACACUCGCACCAAGUUCUUCGCAAUGUUACGAACGUUGACCCGUGAAAAUAUGGUGGCAUUCGAUGCAGAAUGGAAGCCCACAUUUUUUUCCACCAACGAAGUUGCAUUGAUUCAAUUGGCGACUAGGCAACAGGUGUUUUUGGUCGAUGUUAUACAGCUAGAUAUCAACAACGAUGAUUGGAAUCAAUUGGGUCGACAGAUUUUUAAUAACAUGGAAAUUCUGAAGUUAGGAUUUUCGCCGACCAACGAUUUGGCGAUGUUUCAAAAGCUCAUUCCUGGUCUAAACUUGUCUUCGUUGGCACUAACUUCGUAUUUAGACUUGCAAGAAUUGUGGCACAGACUCCAUUCGAUGUCACAAUUUAAGUUUCCCUACGAACUUUCAGAAGAAACUGGCGGCACGUCAUUGAACAAUUUGGUGCAACUUUGUCUAGGCCGAAAGUUGGAUAAAUCAAAUCAAUUUUCAAACUGGGAAAAGCGACCGCUACGCCAGGAUCAAUUGACAUAUGCUGCCCUGGACGCAUAUUGUUUGAUCGAAAUCCAUGAUGUGAUCGAAAGAGAAUUCAAUCGAAUCGAAAUCGAUUUCAAUGAAUUCAUCAAUACCUUUCUGACGGAAAGAAAGAGCAGUCGAAUCGUACUUAAGAAAUCGGUGCUGAGUGCAAAUUCUCAAAAAAGAGCUGCAACCACAGUAGUACAAGCGGUUGGUCCUAAUCCAAAUAGUGUUGGAGUAACCAACGUGAAAUUCAUCUGUGAUAUAAUGCUGGGUGGCUUAUCAAGGGCGUUACGGAAAGUCGGUAUUGAUGCCAUUUCGUUAACUUCAAACGACAAUAUCGAUCAUUACAUUCAAGUUGCUCAAAGAGAAAAUCGUUACUUUCUCACACGGGGAAAUUUCUAUGUUCGGUGCUCAAAAUUUCUACCACCCGGACAUUGUUACAACGUUGCAAAUGAUCAGCGACAUGAUCAAUUGCAAGAGGUGCUCAGCUACUUUAACUUAACGGUAACCGAGGCAAACGCAUUCAGUCGAUGCAUACGAUGCAAUGGCAACGAAUUCUUGUACGUGACCCAAAAUGAAAUGAGUGAAAUGACCAGAAUACCACUAGCAACACCGGCACCGCAGUCUCACGAUUCCUAUCUGAACGAUCAAAAAGCAAGAAGUUGGACAUUACGUAAAUUAACGCCAUAUUGCAAGGAGAAAAGAAUCACCACCAAUGGUAUACCGAUUCACAUAUCUGUUAUCAGAAAGGAAACUCUAAACUUGUAUCCAUCGUUUUAUGUCUGCGAGGGCUGUGGAAAAUGUUACUGGAACGGGUCGCAUCUCAGGGCAACGGCGAGUUAUGUUAGAACUAAAAAGCGAUAGAAAAGCUAUCACUUUGAUACGUUUUAAAACUGAAUGGUGUGCUACAAAUUUGGAAAGGAAUAAAGUGGCAAACAUGCUUUGCUGGACAUUGUUAAAAAAA